CCAGAUGGCGUUAAAGGCAACACCCUGAUUCAUAUUGGUGCUGUGCCCAGCAUUUUCGAACUACUCUCUGCCUGUGAGUCCUUUAAGGAGAUCAUCAUCACAAACUAUAUGGAUCGGAACUGCCAGGAACUGCAGAAAUGGCUAAAGAAAGAGCCGGGAGCAUUUAACUGGACUCCGGUGGUGAAAUACGUGUGUGAACUGGAAGGGGACAGGAACAAGUGGGCUGAGAAGGAAGAGAAGUUACGAAGAACGGUCAAGCAGGUUCUGGAAUGUGAUGUCACCAAAUUCAACCCUCUGACUUUUGCCUCUCUGCCCCCUGCUGACUGCCUGCUCAUGUGCCAUAGUUUAGUAGGAAUUUGCAAUGACCUGAGUACCUACCGUGCUGCACUGAAGAAUGUCAGCUCCCUGUUAAAGCCAGGGGGUCACUUGCUGAUGGUGAACGGAAUGAAGUGUAGUCAUUUUGUAGUUGGCCAACACAAGUUUCCCUGCCUCUUUCUGGAGAAGGAGGUUCUGGAGGAAGCAGUGAAGGAGGCUGGUUAUGAUAUUUUGAAGUUUGAGGUGACUCCCAUAUGCUAUCCAGAUAGUUUGGUAGAGCAUGAGGAGAUCUCUUACCUAGUUGCUUCCAAAGGGAAGGGCAAAGAAGAUUAAAGAGAAAAUACAUCAGCCCAAGGGAAGUAGAGAGGCAGAAUAGAUUAGCUGUAGAUGCUGGUAGGCCUGAAGCUCAAUGUGCGCUGUGGAUCUUUGAUGACCUCCAAGCACCUUGGAGAACCAGUUUGUUCAGGAUGCACUAGCUUGAACCCCUUGUUGUGCCACUAAAACUGCCCUCAUCCCGGUCCUUUCCCACUCAGAGCUGCCAUAACGUCUCCCGACAUUGAGAACAUGGCUCACACUUUACACAUCGUCCUCAAUACUGGCUAUAACCUCGCUGUGAUUUCAACAUUGAUCCGUUUGAACUGAUUGGCUGGGGCCUGACAGCUGCAUUGGGCCAUGGUGUUGAAUGAAUGAUUUGUCUUGGUGAAUAAUUGUAAUCUCCACCCAAUCGGUGCUUGCCUAAUAAAGAUCUGUUUCCC